AUGGCGCCCAACGGUCACGCGGCGCCAGGACGUCGCGAUACUCGUCAGUCUCAGUCUAGCUCUGUCCAAAAUUGGCUUGACAAGUAUGGAGACUCCGAGUAUCAAACAUGGCGCCAUGAGAACCCCAAAGAACAGCUCUCAUACGACGAUUGGAAGACUUCUGGACACGUCGACGGUCUGACAUUAUACUACGCAACCUUGCGCCUUUUCGAACAGUCUGAUUCUAGUGACGAGGAAGCUGGCUCGACUGAGGCGAAACCUCGUGCUCGCGUCGUCCGUGGUCAGUCGGUGCGCGAGCCAAAGAAGAAAGUGACGACAAAUGGGAAUAGACUGUCGCGUGCCGGUGCUCCGGCCACAUCAUCAGCAGUGACCAACUCUGAAGAUUUAAGUGCGUCUGGGAAGAAGAAGCGAAAAGCGCGAAAGAAGUACUUGUCCGAGGAAAUUGUGGCAUCAGAGGGCGAGAGUGAGCUAGAGGAGCCCGAUACAUUCAUUCCCACUACUAAGACUGCAACGCCAACAGCACCCAUCAUCACCAUCAAUGGGUCCCGCAAGUCUUCUGCACGCAAAGCUAGUAAAAGGAAGAUUCUUUCUGAUGAAAUAAUAUCGCCAGAAGAUGAAAUUGAUGAUCCUAUGGCGAUAGACGGGGUCGUGACUCCUGCAAUUGCAUCUCCUCUACCUGUUCGCUCUGCUCCCAAAGCUUCAAUUCCAGCGCACAACCCAGCGUCUCCCAAGAAGACAAUUCUCAAAUUAAGAAGAGCACCCAAGAAGAAAGUUCUAUCUGAGGAGACUGUGAUCGAUGAGGAUACGGACGAUGCGAAAGACCCAGCUCUAGCUGCAACACCCACUGUUUCGACGGUCGUAGAACCCAACAUCGGUGCCAGUACAGGCAAUAUCGCCGAUACCGAAUCAGACACCGAAUCAAACCCAGAUGCCACUAAUGCAUCGUCCGAACUAGCGGACGCAUCUGCUGCAUCUGCUAGGAGAGGACUGCGAACACGAAGGCCUGCUCAAAAGCGUCCUUACUUCCACGAUGCGCAGUUGUUCGAUGAGGUUGAACCUGAAGCGGUCGACGCCACCAGCUCUUCACCGCAUGCUCGAAGCAGAAGAGUCUCGGUCGGUUCUUUGGGCAAAGCUUAUGAUGUAGACGUAUCUGGACAGCUAGAUGAAGAAGUGAUCGCUCUCUUGCAAGACGAGCCUGAGUUAGACCGGUCAGAUCGGAGACCCAAGCACUUCAAGGGCAAAGGACGGGCCUGGAAAAAGGAGGGAUCGGACGAAGACGAGGAGUUUACGCUUGCGAGAAAGAAGGCCGCAAAGGCUGCAAAAGCAAAAGCAAAGGGCCAACCGGUAGGGCCGAAGAAAAGAGGGAGGCCGCGAAAGAGUGUGCUGUCUGAAGAUAUCAUCCGUGAUGAAUCGGACUUAGACGCGGUUGAGAAGGAGGGUGGUGUAAGCCAGACUGGAUUGCCUCCGCGUGCGAGUCCGGAAGGUUCAAAGAAGGUCAAAGCAAAACCGAGGAAGAUCGCAGUUUAUGAAGAGAUUAUCCAAGACGAUUCGGAGAGCGCCGCCGAGAAGGCGGUGGACAAUCAAAGUGUGGCUGCCGCUCCUGCACCGGCAGUGUCUACCCCUACGCCCAAGAAACGAGGACGGCCACGCAGGUCAGAUCAGAGUGUGACGUCCAAAUCGUCCACCCGUCGCACUGAGGAUGAGGAAGGAUCGCCUCGACAAUCUUAUACACCGCAGGGAACGCCGAACCCGAAAGGAAUACCAAAUAACACAAGCGCUUCACUAUCUUCGGUACAAGAAACGGAGAUGAAGGAAGGAAACGAAAGAAAUGAGGAAACAGAGCUCGGAAAGGGUGACGAAGUAGUGGUCGUCAAUCCCAUGGCGAAGAGCGUGAGCGGAGACGAGGAGCUUUGUGGGUACCCAGAGCCAAGCGACAGAUGA